AUGAGACCGCCACCAAGAUCAAUAGAAGAAUAUCUAUACCGACUAUUAAUGGAUUCACCCGGUUUUCACAGAUGGGUUCGGAAAGUACAUGCAAAAAUUAAUAGAAUAAAGCUAGAAGAAUUCCCAGAGGCUAGCAAGGUUAAGGAAUUUGAUGUACAUACUUACAAACCUACAAGAUGGCAUAAGAUUAAUGCAUUUAGAAUAAUUUGGUUGGACGAAAUGAAACGAAAUUUUAAAUUUUGGUAA